CAUCUAUAGCGCUAAGCCAUAGGCGGCUAGAUUUUACCCACCAGCGCUAGCGACUUUGUCGAGUGAGUACAAGUACGAUAGCUUGCAGCAGGAAGGAGCUAUCGCCACGCGCUAACACGCAAGUUACCUUCCGUAGGUGCCUAGCUUACUACCAAGUAUAGGCAACUGCGCCACCUGGUCGCGAACCCGGUGUGGCUUGACAACCGACGACAUCGCGCUUCCAAGGACUGGACGCGGCUUCCCAAGUCGAUGCGCCAACGACAUUUACAUAAAUCCAACAACGAUUUGCUCGGAAACAAUAGCUGUCACCAUUGCACUGGAUGCGUAAUGAGGACGACUCAUCUGUUUGAGAGUCCGCCGAGCCGGUGAGCAGCUGCUGUGCAUCUCAUGGACACGUCCGCGAGCUUGGGGAAUGAUGGCCAGCUCUUCCCCCCAGCAGCUUUACGCAGCCUGGCAAAUGCCACAGUCGACCUCGCAGCUCGAGACCACGAAAAGAGCCCCGAUUUCAACUACAGGUUUCUGAUCUUCCUCAUCUUGACCUUUGUGCUAUUCACCUUCUUCGUCCUCUACUUCAACCGGCUCUUCGCUUCGAUCGUAUCCUACGGCAUCCGGACAUGGACAUGGCACAAACAUCGAGUCUACCUCGACAUCAGCGCUCUGCAAAUAUCUUUGCUGGGAGGGCGCAUAUUCUUCACAGGCUUGCGCUACCAUGGUUCCAACGAGACGUUCCUGAUACAACAUGGCUAUGUCACCUGGCGAUACUGGCUACGGAGGGUUCGCGAAGUCGACAUCAUCGCUGAUAAUCCGGCCGAAGGAGCUGCGCCGGGGAAGGAGAAGAAUGCAAAGCUUCCAUGCCGCGUGACGGUCAACUUGAUUGGUGUCGAGUGGUUCGUCUACAAUCGUAGCCCGCAAUAUGACUCCAUCCUAGCUGGCCUAAAUCGGAACCAUUCUCAAAAUGCUCAAUCCACAGCCACCGCGGACACAGACGAGAAAGAGAGCCUACGCGAACGCAGGACCGGCCACUCAGCAGCUGAUGGUGAAGAUGGAAACAGGCGCUCCGACCCAGCUAGAGCGCCUGAGGCUGAGAAAGGGGCUCCAUCCGACUCAUCUUCACCAACGGAUCGAAGAACGAGCAUUGCGUCUGAUAGUCCCAGCGGACACGGUGAUCGUAUCCAGAAACGAUCGGACCUGCCGUUCUUGGUACAAUUCUUCCCGAUCCACGUUGAAUGUGACAGAGCUGCGGUCGUCAUUGGCAAUGAGAAUACCAAGGGCAUUCUUACGGCCAAAGCCAAGACUAUCUCUGCCGUUGUGGACGCGUCCCGCACGGACACUGUAGACCCCUAUCGGCAGGUUUUCAAGAUCGAUUUUCAGCAACCGGUGGUACAGAUCAAAGAGAACGAAGACUACAAGAGCGAUCAACCGGCGCGAGCAACUGGAAAUACAGGCGUGACCAAAGUAGCCACGAAGGCUAACAGAUUUCGUCGUUGGUGGCGAAAGACUCUGGCGCCUCUCCGCCGAAUGGUCCCUCGUUGGGCAAGAUCAGCCCGGCCUAAUCCCUUGGAAUCAGAUGCUGCAUUAGCAGUCGACCCCAGGAUACCUGGGUCUGACCAGUGGCAGGGGCUAUCACGCUAUCUCAACGACCAAGAUCAAGAUGACAAAGAAAGGUGGUCCUCGGUUGAGUAUGCCGCCGAAUCCACAGUCCUUGACAGCCCAGCUGCAACGCUUGUUGUUUACUGGGAUAUUGUGAGUAAAGUGACUGCGCAUGCCCGACAACGCCGAAGCACGGACAUCCAUAUCGACAUCAACGGAACAACUGCACCCGCGUGGGGCAUGGACUUGGCCAUCAAGGGUGGUCAAGUUAGCUAUGGUCCGUGGACAGAUCGUCGGCGCGCUGAUUUGCAGAGAGUCUUCUUUCCAACCCUGUGCAAAGAUGCGAUACCGGCGGAACCACUUGCUGUCGGGGCGUGGCGGGUGCCGACCAAGUUCAAUCUGCGCAUUGAACUGGAGGAGACUGUCUCUGUCAGAGUGCCGUUCCGCGAGCAGUCGAAGAAUUGGCGUUGGCGUGGGAAAGAAACCCAGCUCAAGCUCCAGAAUGUGCAUACAGGGAAAAAGCGAGGCAAUCGUGCAAAGAAAGAAGCGAAAGGCGAAGCUUCACAGCAACGCCCGGCAGCCUGGCUCGAAUUCAAAGUAUCGCCGGAUUCCUCUGUGGCAUACCACAUGGAUAUGCUGGCAUCUGCGUCUGGAUAUCAAAGCGGUCUCACAGUAGACCUAACCGGUUCAGAGCUUCGCAGUGCGGUGAAUCAGAAUAUCCUGUGGCGCGGCGGAUCCCAUCGCAUCGAAUGCGACCUCUCCACUCCGCUAUCGUGGAAUUCUCUGCGGCUCUGGAGCUUCAAGGUAGAACUUGAUGACCUCGAGCUCUUCCUACUCAGAGACCACAUCUUCUUGUUGAUCGAUCUUAUCGACGACUGGUCGACCGGGCCACCGCCCGACUACCUCGUGUUUACACCGUUCCAAUACUGCCUAGAUCUGAGGCUCCAACGACUUAAACUAUACCUAAACGUCAAUGAAGGAAACAUUAUCGACAAGCCGACCUCUCUGGAUGACAACGCAUAUCUGAUCCUGUCGACACCCCUUUUGGCUGCCAAGACUAGCAUUCCCUUGGACAAGUAUCGCCCCGAGCAGAACGCGAUACCUUUCGAUGUUCGCAGUGACACUCUGGAUCUGCUGUUCCACUCCCCCCAGUGGACCACCCAGGCAGCUUUCACUAAGUGCGGUGAACUCGGACGAGUGCAUGGGUUGACUGCGAACGGUACAUAUCACUAUAAUGCCACGACAUCACCCGCAAACACGGACACUUUAGUCUUGAACAUUCAUGGGAAUUCUCCGUAUGCGUAUCUCCAUGGAUUUGUCAUUCGGUAUUUCCUAUUGCUGAAAGAUAAUUAUUUUGGAGAACAUAAUCAUUUUCGCACACUCGACGAGUAUCAAGAACAACUGCAACCGACAGAGAAGACCCUGGGUCUCCAGACACCUCCUGGUCCUCCUAACAAAAAGUCCAACGAUCUGGACGUCAUCCUGAACAUCAAGACAGAUGACCCACGAAUUAUGCUGCCGACGAACCUCUAUUCGUCAUCCCAAUACGUUCAAGCUGAGCUAUCGACUUUGUCCGUUGAUCUUCGAUUCACAAACUACUACAUGGACAUGGAGCUUGACAUCAGUCCUUUGAACCUUUCAUUAACUGGCAUGUCAUCCGAUCCGGAGUCACCAGAAAUGGAAUCACCAAAUACACAGCUGUUUGUUGACGGCAUUCGAGUGUUUGGCCAUCGACUCUUUGGCCUCCCACCCACGGAACCUACAUACCUCUGCAACUGGGAUGUUUCCGCAGGAGCGGUAUCAGGCGAGUGCACCGCCGAGUUUCUGGCAGCUUUGGCACGUGGUGGUACUGCAUUUGCCUUCACGUUCGAUGAUGUGGAAAAUGCUCUGGUUCCCUACUCCUCUUUGGUGUUCGACGAUGUGACGUUUGCUAGAGUCGAUGUGGAAUCAGUGCACCUGUGGCUACAUGUGGACGAGGCGGCCAUCCUUCUAUCGACAGACAGGGUCACUGUCAACUCUAACGACUGGGCGAAUUCGCAUUACUCCAAGCGAGCUGACAUUGACAUCCCCAACAUACAAGUGUCUUGUGUCGACUCGGAGUCUGCAGCGCGGCAUAAGGCAAGGCCGGAUCAUCCGGUAGACACCAUUGCGUAUCUGCAAACUAAUGUACGCAUGGCCUCCAUCGGAAGAAAGCUGCACUUUUCUGAGAAGCGCAGCCUGCAACAAGAGCUUGUGCGGCGCGAGGACCAAAGGACUACCCGCACACCGUUUCUCCUGAAACCUGAUUACUUGGAUGAGUUCUUGCCUGACCCCAUAGAACCUCCCGCACAAUGCGCCCCAGCUCCACCUCAUCCCCUUCAUGAGGCCGGGGGUGACGGCCUUUCAUUGCACAGUAUCUCAUCAUCGUCGCGAAAUUCGCAACGCUUGAGUCGGAAAAGCUCCUUUCUAUCCCUGCCCGGGUCUACUGCUAGCAGCUUACGCCGCUCGCACGAUCAUCGCGGACGUGAUGCCAGGACCAAGGCCGGACAUGGAGCUUUCCACCGUCCGUCCGCUCACAUGGAUCGUGCCCUAUCUGGAGCCACCGAUGACGAUCAUGGCCACAGCGCCUUUCAUCAGCACUCUUCCGUGGCCUUUGCGAGCCAGUACUAUGCCCCGUACUUCACCUUGGCAGGCGUUCAGCCGGAUGCUUCUGAAGUACCGCUGCCAGCCCAGCACACCGAGCCGCCGGCAGGCGUCAACGACUUCCUUUCCGGUCGUGGUCAAGAUCUGCACGACAUUGACGCGAGCCAAUUUGAUGAAGAGCAUGCAUACACAAGUCUUAUGGUUGAGUUUACAACGGCAGUGACUGCCUUCAUCAGCCCAGCUGCUAUCAAGCAUGGCCUGUCGCUUGCCAGCGCACUGCAGCCCACUGAGCCUGAUGAUAUUUUAGAUACCUUGCAAACGAGCUCUGUGGGCAAAAUUUUCGACGGCAAGAAAGACAAGGAAGCCCGCGGCUCAGUCAAUGAUCUCCUUGUGAAGCUGCCCCAUGCAAGCGUUCGCAUUCUGAAUUCCUCGACUUUUGGGCUCUCGCAGGAGGUAGAGUCAGAGGAGCGCGACCAGUAUGAUGUAUCAAUCACUGAACUCGGUCUGGUUACUCGCACAACUUCCCACCGGGGGGUUGCGGUCGACUCGCUGCAGAUGGGUUCCAAAACUUCCCUCCAUCUCCGCCUAGGAUCUGUUGAGUUGUCAGCUUCCGAGAGAUCAUCGACACUGGAGGAACCUCAAGCUGCUGUGAUGGUUCAAAUAGACCAGGUUGUGGUCUCUGUGGGAGCACGCGAGAUUACAUACUUCGAUGCUGAUGUUGGCUCAAUUGUAGGCAGCACUGCAUCGGGAGAAGUGGAAUACCUCGCAUCUUUGCUACAUAGGACUGCGAGCCUCGCAAACGAGCUUGAGGCAAUGGUGAAGGCCACUACUCGACAUUACAAUGACCGGCUGCAAUACUUUACAUACCGACUGCUGGAAGAGGGACACUCGACACCCGAUCCUUCUUUUCUGAUACGACCUUCGGCGGUUUUGCGAUCCGCAGAGAGUCAUCUGCGCACACUCGAUUCGUGGAAAUUGGUCAUGAGACUUCGCCAGAUCUGGACCGUAAUGACACCUGAAAGCCAACAUCAAUUCCUCCAGGACAGUGCAACUCCGACUUGGACAGUGCCUCCCGAUGCUGCAGAGCUCGUCAUAGCUGCGUUUCAGCGCUGGCGGAGUUGGGAUCUUGAUAACAUCAGCAAUGCUGUAGUUCUGCGCAAGAUCUUUCCAACCCUCAACGAGACUCAACCCCUCGGAGGGGAUGGGCUGCCCGUUCUCGGCGCCUGCCGACUUGGCGACAUGCACUUUGUGCUCGACCCAGGGCCCAAAGAAAACAAAGUGGGCAUUGUCGAUGUUUCGGUCAGAGUUCAGAAGAAGAUGAAGAGUGACGCGGCAAUGCUUCCCGAAACCAACACGCAAAACGCUCCCCUUACAGCGAUCAACAUCUGCUGCAACGAAGGUGCAAUUCACUUCAACUGGGAAAUCUGCGAGCUUAUUGAGGAUGUGCUCCGACUUUACAACCAGAGCCAAGAGCGCGGCAAGGCCGUUGCAAAGUCAGCUCGAAAGCGCCACCGAUCUGAUCAGUCAGCAGCCAGAACGCCGGCCUUUCAUGUGGUGGCGGAAGUCAUACAAGGCUCAAUUGAGGUAGAGACGGUCAACCUGCGGUCAACGACUGUUACCGAGUCCUUCAAAGUUUCAGCCCUAAUGUAUGGGGUUGACAAUGGAGCACGGUCCCAGAAUGUUAUCACACAUUGCGCCUCAGUCACAUCGAGCUUGGAAAGUCACGCGCUAUUGCUCAGCGUCUUUCAACUGCGCGACCCCAGCAUCUUCGCUUCGCUGGAGCAUGAAGAAUCCGACGAAGCCUCUACGCAGAUCGUCAAGUCUACGGCCAGCAGUAGCAGUCUGAAGUACGUUGUGAAGCAGGACCCCACGACGCUUCUUGAGAUCCUUGACCGUCUACUCAAAGAUGAGGCUACGCAAAUCAACCAGCUGCUGAGGCAAGUAGCUGAGCAUCGACAGCCGCAGCCCAAGCAUAAAAAAGACACGAACGUGAGACAGCGCCUUUCCACCUUCAGGUUCAACGUUGCUCUGUUCUUGAAGCGUUAUAUCAUCAGCGUGCCUCUGUUACAGACUUUGACGUACAAAAUUACCGGCAACGUUGCCAGAACUUCAUGUGCAGCCAAUUUCGGAAGAGAGAUUCUCUUCGACUUUGACGUCAAGGAAAAUUCGCAUGAGAUGCAUAUCGACGUGCGCGACGAGCCUCGCCGCAUAUCUCUGAUGCAGAUCCCCCCAACAAAUGGACGCAUCAGAAGUCAGUUUGGUCAAUCCGAGCAUGUGCUUACUGUGUUGUCUUCAGUCGAACUCAUGCAGCUGGAUGCGUCGGCAGUCUAUAGCCUACUCGGUGCACUCAAUCGGCCACAAAUAUCGAGCACCAUUGAAGAGAUCCAGGAGCAGGUCAAGGUCGUGCAAAGACAUUUUGGGGACGUCUUUAGACCUGAUAACGAAACACCCCCCGACUCGACAACCAAUAAGCCAGACGUCGGUGACAGUGGGAAGCAAAGGCUGAUAUACGAUGUGCAUCUGACAUUCGCUGGAUUGCAGGUGUCGGCCAUAACGCCAUUAGGCUCGUAUCCUAAACCUGUGUCUCAAGUCUUGUUCUCUCUGGACAAGUUGCAAUUGCAAGCAGCAAACCGCCUCGACCCACAAGCUCCUAUCAUGAAGUAUCCUGAGGUUCAUUUCAAUUUGAAGCAAAUCGGAUUCGACAUACGCAAGGGCCAGCGGAAUGCUAUGAGAUCUUGCGGUCGGAUAGGGGCUGGUGUCACCAUGUCUGCCGGCGCCAAGGAAGGAAGCGACGGCAAGGAAGACUGGGCAUUUGAUUUCCGAAGCCCUGAUCUUGAUGUCAAUCUCUCCCCCGAAAUGAUAUCGACAAGUCUGGCAGUCCUCGCGUACCUCCGCGACAGGAUCAAGGAUCUGGACACUUCACGAGAACUGGACUACUUACGGAAGCUGCGAGAGUCGAAGCCGAGGAUUACAACCAAUGACAGCUCCCUUGAAGACGAAGACGAAGACAUUAUUGACUCGGUCUUGUCGAGACUGGUCUAUCAAUUUGAGCUGCAGAAUAUCAGAGCCUCGUGGAACGUCGAAACAGACAGCGAUACCCACUCAGUCAACAAAGAGGACCUAGUGCUGUCCAUCAAACUCAUCCAAUUCGGUACGAGGACCAAAAGAUCUGCCCGUCUCACCAUAGACAGCCUACAGCUGCAGACGGUACCCCAAGGCCAGGACAAAACCCUGCGGUCCCUUCACUCGGCAUUACUACCAGAAGUGAUCUUUAAUGUAGCAUACAUUUCUACCCCCAAUGCCCGGCGAAUGGCCUUCCAAGCAGUCGGCCAGUCAUUGGAUCUUCGGCUGACAUCGGCUUUCAUUGUGCCGGCGGCCAACCUGAUGGAUUCGAUCUCCAAAUCAAUCAACCAUGUUCAGGAUGCAUCUGCUGGUUGGGGCUCGUCGCUCGGUCCGGAAAAGACACCCAAGAAGGAUGAUCACGAUGCGCAGAGUCAGACUCCCGUCAACGGUCCUCGUGCGCCUGAUCGACCUUGGAACCUAUUUGGCAAGAAACGACUGGAGAGCAUGCUCAUCGAUGCUGAUUUUGCUGGUGCUGUGGUGCACGUGUCAAGCAAACGCAACUUCAGCAAUGCCGCCAGAGUUUCCAAACUCAACCGCCCAUCGCUCGCAGGCAAGUAUGGGCAGUUCAACGCCGAUGACUCGGGCAGUGGCGCCGUCUUACGCAGUCCCGGUUUGGCCUGGAAGCUUGAAUUUUCCGACAAUGGUCACGAUGACCCAACGGUUUCUGGGGAAAUUAAGAUCGAUGCAUCAAGCAACAUAUUGUAUCCUUCUGUGGUACCUCUCGUUUUGGACAUUGUGUCAAGCGUACAAGAAGUAGUCGGGAGGGAUAAAACCACUGCGAAGAAGCCAGAUCCACCACCGCCAUCUCUCCAGCCGCAACAGUCGAAUGCCGAAGACACUAUCCUGACGGCGGAUCCAAGCGCUGUGCUUGGACGCACGAAGCUCAACUUGGGUCUUCGCAUUUGCAAGCAAGAGUUCUCACUGAGUUGCCAGCCCAUUGCCCGCGUGGCAGCGACGACUUGCUUCGAAAGCAUCUACUUUACAGCAAACACUGUCACGUCUACUGACCACGGCAACUUCUUCGCUAUAUCGGGCACGUUUGACAGACUGAAGGCCUCAGUACAACAUGUCUAUUCCCGGGAAUCGACAGGCAGCGUUGAGAUCCAAAGCACUACGCUGUCUCUCAUGAACAGCAAACACGUCAGUGGUACGAGUGGUGUAUCCGCCAUUCUUAAUUUCAGUCCGAUGAAGGUGACGAUCAACGCCAAGCAAGUGCAAGACUUCUUACUGUUCCGCGAAAUCUGGUACCCGGCCGAGCUCCGUGGCAGGAACACUGCUCCGGUGGCCAAGCUGACGACCGAGAAUUCGCAAGGCCAUCUCAUGCAGCGCUAUCAGCAAGUCGCCGCGACUGCUGCCUUCCCCUGGACAGCAACAAUUUCCAUUGCUGCACUGGAUGUGGCUGUUGACUUAGGACAGGCCAUUGGCAAAUCCGUGUUCUGCAUUGCCGACUUUUGGAUAUCGUCGAAAAAGACAUCAGAUUGGGAACAGAACCUCUGCCUCGGCUUCCAAAGGAUCAGUAUUGAUUGCUCGGGGCGCCUCAGCGGUUUCAUUGCCCUGCAAGACUUCAAGCUGCGCACGUCUAUACAAUGGCCUAAGCGAGAGCAGGCGCUCAACGAGACGCCACUGGUCCAAGCAUCCAUUGGCUUCAACGCUCUGCGCAUCAAGGCCGCCUUUGACUACCAAGCCUUCCUCGUUGCGGACAUAACGAGGCUGGAGCUUCUCAUGUACAAUGUCCGUGAGGAUACGCCUGGACGUGGUGAUCGUCUAGUGGCCAUUUUCGACGGCGAGGCGGUGCAGAUGUUUGGGACGACCACGUCCACUGCACAAGCAGUCGCGCUCUACCAAGCUAUCAAGAAGCUCAUUCAAGAAAGACAGGACAACUUCCAAUCGUCUCUUAGAGAGAUUGAGAAAUUCAUGAAGCGCAAGUCAAGUACCACCGCUCGCUACAGCUCGCAACCCUCGGAUCCUCUGAAAUCACCAGGGGAGGAGCGUCUAGCCAAGGCCCCCAUCUCACUCGAUACGGAUGUGGUGGUCACUCUGAAGGCGCUGAACCUCGGCGUGUUUCCGAGCACCUUCUCGGAUCAUCAGGUUUUCAAAAUCGAGGCGCUGAAUGCUUAUGCGCGGUUUGCUGCUAGCUUGGAGGCCGGACGAGUGCACAGCAUUUUGAAGCUGACUCUGGGCCAGCUUCGCAUAGGGCUGGCGGGAGUCAGGAACGGUGAGGCGCCCAGGGCGCUCAGCGAGAUCUCUGUGGACGACGUGGUGCAGCGUGCCACUGGCUCGCGAGGCGGCACCAUAUUGAAGGUUCCGCAGGUGUCGGCCGUCAUGGAAACGUGGCAGACACCUGAAAGCAACCUGAUCCACUACAUCUUCAAGAGUGCCUUUGAGGGCAAGGUAGAAGUGGGUUGGAACUACUCGCGCAUCAGCUUCAUACGAGGCAUGUGGGCGAAUCACUCGAGGUCCGUGGAAACGACAUGGGGCAAGGAACUGUUGCCCAUGGCGACCGUCAAAAUCACCGGUGUGCCGGAGGGUGAAGGGGAGCACAAGGAGGGAGAGCAGCAGAAGAUCACGGCCGAGGUCAACGUGCCUCAGUCCAAGUAUACCUACGUGGCCCUCGAGCCGCCUGUCAUUGAAACGCCGCAGCUUCGAGACAUGGGAGAGGCCACGCCACCGUUGGAGUGGAUUGGACUGCACCGGGAGAGGCUGCCGAAUUUGACGCAUCAGAUUGUAAUAGUCUCCUUGCUGGAACUGGCUGGCGAGGUGGAUGAUGCCUACUCAAGCAUUCUGGGAGCGUCUUGA